GUCCAAGCGCCAAUUUAAAGUUGAGGCUACGUCAGUUGAAAGCAAACCCUAAAAGCGUCCGGACAUUUUUUUGCUUGUGAUGGUGAUGCUUCACCCACGAAAGGUGAUUGAUCUACUGAGGGAUUUGUCUAAUUCUAUCACAUCACAAUGGCAACGACGUGCGCCAAAUGCCACGAGGCUCUGGAAGUCGAGAUUGGGCCGGACGAGGACGAAGAUGUCGAAAUGGAGGCUUCCUCCUCCGGGAACAACACGCAAACCAUCCCGGAUGAUGUGCAUUUACCCUGUGGCUGUCAUUUCCAUUGGCAGUGUCUCCUGGACUCCUACGAGUUGUCCAAGUGUCCCCACUGCUCAACGGAAAUCGUCUCGUCUCCGCCGUCGACAUCGCAACAGCAGAUCAUCGUCAACCUUACCAACGAAGGCGGCUACCAGGAGCAUAUCGACAUUUUCCCACUUCUGCAAGAGGAAUCGUACUUGCGCGCAUACCCCGAGGAGCGCAAAUGUCGAGCCUUUCUCGAGUUCUGCCGAGAGGGUGAUCACCAAGCGAUCGUAGACUUGCUGCACAGCUGCUCGGAGCCAGCAGGUGAGGACGACGACGAUCUGGACAUCGAUGAGAUGAAGGAUGCCGAUGCCGACUUGCCCAACAAGACCCCCGAUGAGAUUCUCAGGUACCAAGAUCCCAUUGGCGACAUGCAGUCAGGGCUCCACGCCGCGGCGGCAAACGGGCAUCGAGAAGUCGCAUGGUUGCUGCUCUUGCUCGCCAGUCAACUUCCGGAAUCCGAAUUUCCCGCUCUUGUGUAUCAGGAAGCCGCUGCACUGGGUAUCAUGCGUGAGCAACAAGAGGGCAAAGUCGACAUUCGCAGUCUCAAGGACUCUUUUGGACAGUCAGCCGAGGACAUUGCGAAAGAGUACGGAGUGGUGUGGAAUGGAUGGAUCGGGAACGGACGGCUUGCAAUUCGCUGAGAGGCCGUC